ACAAUUGCUGCUUGUGGGUAUCAAACAAGAGUGCCUGGUUACACGAUUGUCUUUGCUGCCUUCAGCCGCGCUACAUAUCCAACCAUCAUCAGAGUCUAUAAAACAGUCUCUAAAACAUCUUACACGGUGAUUCUUCCUGAACUGCACGACCAAGCAAAAAUGGUUCUCCUCGCAAUCUUCGACGUCAUUUGGCCGCUGGUGUCACUGACUUCUUUCGCCCUCGCCGCCGUGGCCGUCUACCGUUACCACAAUCAGCCCGAUCCAGAUGCUCCUGUAUCCGUCAACUACUUCCCAUCGCGCCAAUGCAACUACAGCUGCGGCUUCUGCUUCCACACCGAAACCACCUCCAACAUGCUCACGCUCGACAAAGCCAAACAAGGACUCCGCCUCCUCAAAGAAGCCGGAAUGCGCAAACUCAACAUCGCCGGUGGAGAACCAUUCCUCCACCCCCGUUCCCUGGCACAGAUUCUUGAAUACUGCAAGGAAGAACUGCACGUAGAUAGUGUCAGCAUCAUCAGCAACGGCAGCAAAAUCAGACGAGACUUCCUUGCCAAGUACGGAAAAUACAUCGACAUUCUCGGCAUCUCAUGCGAUUCCUUCGUCGGAGCUACCAACGAGAAGAUAGGAAGGGGAGAAGAUGGUGAUGCGCAUAUUCAACAGCUCAGUAACAUUGCGACAUGGUGCAAGGAAUACGGUAUCAAGCUCAAGAUCAACACGGUCGUCAACGCGUAUAACUGGGACGAAGACAUGACGGCGCAUAUUGCCGAGCUCGCGCCAUUCCGUUGGAAGGUGUUUCAGUGUCUGAUUGUAGAGGGGGAGAACGAGGACGAGACUAGAGUGAGGGAUGCGAGGCGCUUCUUGGUUACCGACGAACAGUGGCAGACGUUUUGCGAGAGACAUAAACAUCUGGAGUGUUACAUUCCUGAAGAUAACGAGACUAUGGCUAAUAGCUAUCUGAACCUGGACGAAGAUAUGUGCUUCUUGGAUAAGGGGGAAGGGAGGAUGAAGCGGAGUGGCUCGAUCUUGGAUAUUGGGGUCAAGAAGGCAAUGGAGGGGAUCAACUGGGACAAGGAGGCAUUUCAGAGGAGGGGUGGUGUAUAUGAUUGGAGUAAGGAGGAUGGUGGUUGCGCAAGUGGUCUUGCGGACAAGAAGGAGUUGGAAUGGUAGGAUCUUGUGAUUAUGUGUGACUUUUGGGUAUUCAUUCUUUGAUAUGGAGAUCAAAGACGCCCGGUGUGGUACAGAUAUCAAUUGUAAACUAGGCGUUCCUGUGUUGUUAAGUAGCGACAUGCUGAGUUGCUGCUCGGAGUAUUGAAUUUGACCAAUAGAUCUUUCAUGUAGAGAGUAUAGAAAUCAUAGAAAUCAUAAAGUUGUAUUGUAUCUAAGAUAUCGAAACGAAUGGUUGUGACCUUUUCCAUCCUGGCUAUGGUGGGUGUUUGCAACCAGUAGUUGACAGGUGAUUGAUAGACGGAUGAUUCAUUUUCGAUAAAAUAGAAGCAAGUUUGCCAUGCUGUUUCUUAAGAAGAGUCCAAAAAUGUUGAUCAUGAAAGGCUCUUUUUCCUUCCGACAUGACUGCCGUUCCUGACUAUUCACGCUCUCUAUAAUCACCAUCAUAUUACGCACUGCUACCCCCACAUAAUCACCCCACUCCUCCCUCCUCUCGCCCACAAACAAUCGCAAGAGAGAAAAAACUCACCCGAAACAAUAGCGCCGCCCCAUUCAUUCUUUCCCUCGCCUCGCCUCGCCAUCCUAUUAUCCCGCUAUCAUCGGGAUUUCCCAGAACGAGCGAUCUUAUACCCCAGGGUCAUCUCGAUAUACCGAACCGCGCAUCCCCCUCUAAGCCGCGAAAUCUUACGAUCAACACAUGCUAUCCACAGGCUAAAUGAAGAAGGUCCUCGCAUCGAAUCAGAAAAGAACAAUGUUUGCCCGAAAGCGAGCGAGUCUGAUCUCCCGCGUCCGCUGAGGCUUGAGCCGUGCCGUCUAGACGCGAGGCGCGCUCAGGACACUUGGUGAUGCGUUUGAAGGGGCUGGGUUGAUCUUAUAGAUGGGGGUGGGGUAUAUUGUUGGGUGUCCUUCUUUCGUUAUCUACUUCUUUUCUUUUCCCUUCUUUUCUUUUGGAAGGAUGCUGGGGGCCGCGUUGGUGGUUGUUUUUCUGUUUUCUUGUUGGUUCCUGUAGAAUGGGUGAAAGGAUUGACUUUGUGACUUGACUUCAUUAUGAAGCCAAGUCAUGACUUGUACAUCGCGUGAGUGGGUAGAUUUAUGGUGCGAUGCGAUACAAUUGUGUGAUAUUGGAAAGCUAUAGUACCGAGCACAUAUAGAAGGCGCCGAGUCUGACAGCGCGCAACGGCGCCGAACUGAUUCAGGUUCGAAUGACGUGAAUCCUGUGUCCAUUAUGAUAUGUAUUCAUCAGCAGCGUAAUCAGGAACAGAGAAAAAUUGAAUGAAGAGUACAAUGUCGCCCAAUUGUAAUCAGAGGGAGUUGGGGGAUUCAGAUCUCGAUGGUGUAGUUCUCUGACUCGCGUCCAGCAUGUAAAUAAACAAAUGAACAGGAACACGAAUUUGAAGCCAAUUCACCAUUGACCUAUCGAGUGUCCCAAUACAUACGGACGGCAACUAACUACAACGAGCAUUCAAGCAAAGACAAUCCCAAGACAGUCUCGACCUUCAGCUCGUCCCUCCAAAUGUUCACCGCUAGCAUCCAACGCUCGCCCUGGUCAGUCCACAACACGGUGUGACGGCACUGCGGCUCUCAAGCGUUGGGAACCCGCCCACACUCCUUUGGGGGGCCUUGCAGCCCUCCCUCACCAUUCGCAGUAAAAUAUGAAUUCAGGGUGGGUUAGUACGCGCACCAGGUCUGCCUGUCCAACAGGCAUCAUGUAGUUGCUGUUCGUCGCCGAGAAGACACCACGCAGGUCCUUCUACUCCACUACUUCGGAAUCCGUGGCCCACGCAUACGCGCGUGCGAGAAAAGAGUCCCAAAAUUGAACAACUCAGGGUCUGUCUCUCCGAAAUCGCAUUUCGCGCGGUCCGAGAAAAGCUCGGUCAUCGACACAGGUCCUCCCCUUCCCCAUCCCCUCAAAAAAAUUGAACAGUUAUCACCGGUUGCGGGAAAUCCUUCCAAACUCGGUAGCAUUUCUACUCGACCCAGACGCACACAAGUGACGGAACAUAGAUUUAGAAAGAAAACACGAGAGGGAGAUGUCGCUACUCCGUUUACAAUUACCGUUUUGCUUGUCGACCUCUCUUUGUGUGCACCCGCUUCCGCUCUAACGUAAGAGUUUCUAUGCCUAGUUAGGGAGGCUCCCGGGCGAGGCUCACCUUUUGCUCUCGUCAGCGCUCGCUCCCGAAUCCCACUGUCCAUUUCCCAAAUCCU